GGUGACAACCGCAGGGGAAACCCCCCACCGCGUGCGAUCCCAAACCCAAAUCCUUACGGCUAUAUCACCCCGACUCCUCGCCCCUCUCCUCCAUUGCCCGCCUGUCGCCGGAUCCCUCCCUUGUGAGGUGCCCCUCCUUGCCAGGGGAGAAGCCGCCGUAAGCCAGCCAGCUAUUUGCUCGGAGGUGCUCGGCCGGGGUUCGGGUUCGUGUUCGUUCGUGGGAGCUGAAGGUGGCGUGCGGCGAAGGUGAACGGGUUGUGCGGCGGAGAUGGGGUGGCCGAGGUGUGCCCUGGCGAUAUGCGCGGCGGCCGCGAUGGUGGCGAUGCUUGCCGCGGCGGUAGGGGAAUCCGAUGCGGGCGAGCUAGAGCGCGCGUUUCCGAUCGUGGAGCCGGAUUAUGGCCACACUAAGCUCCGUCUUUCGAAGCAAGGCCUGGAGGCAAUCCAAAGGAUCAAGACUCCAAUAGCUGCUGUUUCUGUCAUUGGUCCAUAUCGAUCUGGAAAAUCUUUCCUUCUCAACCAGCUUCUCUCCUUGUCAUGUGACAAAGGUUUUGGAGUUGGACACAUGCGAGAAACCAAAACCAAAGGUAUAUGGAUUUGGGGUACUCCCGUUGAGGUCGAUGUUGAUGGCUCCAAGGUGUCUGUCCUUUACCUGGACACUGAAGGAUUCGAGAGCAUUGGAAAAUCCAAUGUGUAUGAUGAUAGGAUAUUUGCUCUGGCAGCUGUCCUGAGUUCUCUUCUUGUCUACAAUCUCCCUGAGACGAUUCGUGAAGCUGAUAUAUCCAGACUCUCAUUCGCUGUUGAACUUGCUGAAGAAUUCUACGGAAGGGUGAAGGGCCAAGAUGUUGCUUUCGAGCCAGCAAAACUUCUGUGGCUGAUACAGAGGGAUUUCCUUGAAGGAAAAUCUGUACAACAGAUGGUUGACGAAGCUCUCCAACGGGUGCCUAAUAGCAAUGGAGACAAAUAUAUUGAUGAGGUCAACCAAAUCAGAGACUCUUUGGCAAUUAUGGGUGAUAACAGUACUGCUUUUAGCUUGCCCCAGCCUCAUCUCCAAAGAACAAAGCUAUGUGAUCUGAAGGACCAGGAACUUGAACUGUUGUAUGUACAGAGGAGGGAUGAACUGAAGCAAUUGGUUGCAUCCAUGAUAAAACCAAAAAUUGUGCAGGGUAGAACUUUAAAUGGAAAGGAGUUUGUAUCCUUCUUAGGGCAGAUACUUGAAGCUUUGAACAAAGGUGAAAUUCCAUCGACAGGGUCGCUUGUUGAAGUCUUCAAUAAGGGCAUUCUUGAACGUUGCUUGAAGGUGUAUACUGAAAGAAUGGAAAUAGUGGUUCUUCCAGUAUCAGUUGAUAAACUUCAGCUGGCUCAUGGGUUGGCAGAAGAUGAAGCUAGAAAGCUUUUUGACAAGCAACAUUUUGGUAAACAUUAUGCUGCUCAGUCCUUCCUCAAUCUUGAUGAAGAAAUAAAAAAGGUGUUCAGAAGCUAUGGGUUAGCCAAUGAGUAUCAGUCAUCAAAGCUGUGUGAAGCAAAGUUCUCAGAGUGUGAAGAAAAGAUGGAUCACCUUCAAGCCUUGAAGCUUCCUUCCAUGGCAAAAUUCAAUGCAGGAUUUCUCCGCUGCAAUCAAAGUUUCGAAAUGGAGUGUGUGGGGCCUGCCAAGGGUAGCUAUGAGCAUCGAAUGUCAAAGAUGCUCGCAAGGUCCCGUGCUCUGUUCAUCAGGGAGUACAACAACAAACUCUUCAACUGGCUGGUGAUCUUCUCCUUAACCAUGGUGGUGAUCGGGCGGUUCAUCGUAAAGCUUCUUCUACUUGAAGCUGCUGCAUGGGUGAUGUUCAUCUUCCUGGAGACGUACACGAGGUUGUUCUGGUCAUCGGAAUCGCUCUACUACAACCCCGUGUGGCACUCCAUCGUCUCUUCGUGGGAGGCCAUUGUGUACAGCCCUGUACUUGAUCUUGACAGAUGGGUGAUCCCUAUUGUUAUCGUGCUGUCCUUCUUAGCUGUUUAUUGGCGUUGCAUCGGCAUGAGGGGAAGGAUUGGUCGAUCGGUGUUACCCCUGUACAAUGGGUCAUUCAGAAGCUCCGGUCGACCGAGGACGGAUUAACCCCUUCCACAUUUGAGAGAUAUGGAUAUGGAUUGAUAGAUGGUUCCGACUUCAGACAGAGUGGUUGACACUAUUCUCUUCAUGAUAAAAUCGGAAGGCGGAGAUCUCGGAUUCUUUCAAACGGGAUGGAUGAAGGCGCAAAAAGGGUUAUGCUGCUGACCCUGUGAAUUCCAUGGUAUCACCAGGGUGUACUGAUCGGUGAUUACAAAGAGGAUCCUCCAUUGCUAAUGAGCUCAUGGGCUGGGAGCUACAAAACGGACAUCUGAGAGAUAAAAACUGGUUGACAUUGUCAGUGUACAUAUAUUACUGCAUUGUAUUUAUAUGUAAGUGGAACUCAUCACCAACUAUAAAUAUAUAUUGGUGAUGAAAUGUGACAUGUAUAUGUGCUUGAAAGUCGAA